AUGUUAGGAUCCCACUUAAACCUGAUAGCGCCGAUUUCUCCUUCCCUCAGUCGACUCUCUUGCCUCCACCUCCCAUCUUCUCUCCCCGCCGCUGACUUGUUGAAGGCAGCAUCUAGAAAGCUUAUUUUUGCAACAAAGACGCACUCAGUAUCGACAAAGACGCACUCAGUAUCCACGAUGGCAACUGAAGAAGAAAAUGUGGGAAAUGUAAAGCGACAGUUAGCAAAGCUGUUCGAAGUAUCGCUCAGAACAAUAGUCCCUGAUGAGCCAGAGGUCGAGCCGGUGGUUGUUGCUUGCGCCGGGAAAUUUGGGGAUUAUCAAUGUAACAAUGCCAUGGGUCUAUGGUCUAAAAUAAAAGGAAAGGGUACUGAUUUUAAGGGCCCUCCAUCUGUUGGACAGGCCAUCAUGAAAAAUCUCCCUAAAUCAGAGAUCAUAGAAUCAUGCUCUGUAGCAGGACCUGGAUUUGUGAAUGUUGUCUUGUCAAAAAAAUGGAUCGCUAAGAGCAUACAAAAGAUGCUUAUUGAUGGCAUUGAGAAAUGGGCGCCACAGCUUCAGAUCAAAAGGGCUGUGGUUGACUUUUCGUCACCUAAUAUAGCUAAAGAAAUGCAUGUUGGCCACUUAAGGUCAACUAUUAUUGGGGACACGCUAGCCCGUACUCUUGAGUUUUCAAAUGUUGAAGUUCUUCGACGGAAUCAUGUUGGUGACUGGGGGACACAGUUUGGGAUGUUGAUCGAGUUCCUUUUUGAAAAGUUCCCAAACAUAGAAGAAGUUAAUGAAACUGCCAUUGGUGAUCUGCAGGCAUUCUAUAAAGCAUCAAAACAGAGAUUUGAUGAUGAUCCUGCUUUUAAGGAGAGAGCACAACAGGCAGUGGUUCGCCUGCAGGGUGGGGAACCUAAGUACCGCAAUGCAUGGCUGAAAAUCUGUGAAAUCAGCCGUAAAGAAUUUCACAGGGUCUAUGAACGCCUUGGAGUUCAUCUAGAGGAGAAGGGAGAAAGCUUUUAUAACCCAUAUAUUCCUGGGGUUUUAAAAGAGUUGAGUGAUCUGGGGUUAAUUGAGGAAAGUCAGGGUGCCCGGGUAAUCUUUCUUGAAGGGUUUAACAUCCCCCUGAUUGUAGUCAAGAGCGAUGGCGGUUAUAACUAUGCUUCAACUGAUUUAACAGCUCUCUGGUAUCGCCUUAACGAGGAGAAAGCUGAUUGGAUCAUAUAUGUUACCGAUGUUGGCCAGCAGCAGCAUUUUGAUAUGUUUUUCAAGGCAGCUAAACGUGCUGGUUGGCUCCCUACUGAUGAUGCCUUGAAACCAAAAGUUACCCAUGUUGGUUUUGGUCUUGUUCUUGGUGAAGAUGGAAAACGCUUUCGGACUCGCUCUAGCGAGGUGGUCCGAUUGGUUGAUUUACUAGAUGAAGCCAAGGAUCGUAGCAAAACAGCCCUUCUUGAGCGCGGUAAGGCUGAAGAGUGGACUGAAAAGGAGCUUGAUCAAACUGCAGAGGCUGUUGGUUACAGUGCUGUUAAGUAUGCUGAUCUGAAGAAUAAUAGAUUGACCAAUUACACUUUUGAUUUUGAUCAGAUGCUAAAUGAUAAGGGAAACACUGCUGUUUACUUGCUCUAUGCUCAUGCUCGGAUCUGUUCAAUAAUAAGGAAAUCUGGCAGAAACAUAGAGGAAUUGAAAAAAACAGGGGAAAUUGUGUUGGAUCAUACGGGUGAGCGGGAAUUGGGGCUUCAUUUGCUACAGUUUUCAGAGAACGUGGAGGAGACCUGCACCAAUCUGUUGCCGAAUGUUUUGUGUGAAUACCUAUACAACUUAUCCGAAGUCUUUACCAAAAAGUUCUACUCCAAUUGCCAGGUUGUUGGGUCCCCAGAGGAAACGAGCAGACUCUUGCUUUGUGAAGCAACGGCCAUUGUGAUGAGGAAAUGUUUCAAUCUGCUCGGAAUCGAACCUGUUUACAAGAUAUGA